AUGGACGACGAAACUGCUGCCAUUGUUAUUGAUAAUGGUUCCGGAAUGUGCAAAGCUGGCUUUGCUGGCGAUGAUGCUCCCCGCGCUGUUUUUCCUUCCCUUAUUGGACGUCCGCGUCACCAUGGGAUCAUAGUUGGCAUGGGCCAAAAGGACUCCUACGUCGGAGACGAAGCACAGUCUAAACGUGGUGUCCUUUCACUCCACUACCCGAUUGAGCACGGGAUCGUUAACAACUGGGAUGAUAUGGAGAAAAUCUGGCAUCACACGUAUUUCAACGAGCUCCGCGUGGCAUCUGAAGAACACCCCGUUCUGCUGACGGAGGCGCCCAUUAACCCGAAAUCUAAUCGGGAAAAGAUGACUCAGAUCAUGUUUGAAACCUUCAAUGUGCCAGCCUUCUAUGUCUCUAUCCAAGCUGUGUUGUCUUUGUACGCCUCUGGCCGUACUACUGGUAUCGUUCUUGAUUCCGGCGAUGGAGUCACACACGUGGUUCCAAUCUACGAAGGUUUCUCUAUGCCACACGCUAUCGCUCGGAUGGACCUGGCGGGCCGUGACUUGACAGAGUACUUAGUGCGAAUCUUAGCAGAGCGCGGCCAUAGCUUCACCACAUCUGCCGAGCACGAGAUAGUACGCGAUAUCAAAGAGAGACUCUGUUAUGUGGCGCUUGAUUUCGAACAGGAGCUCGAAACAGCCGCUAAGAGUUCCAGUAUCGAGAAGUCCUACGAGCUCCCUGACGGACAAGUGAUUGCAAUUGGCAAUGAGCGCUUCCGGGCACCCGAAGCUUUGUUUCAGCCGAGCUUGCUUGGUAUCGAACAAGGUGGUAUUCAUGAGACUACAUUCAACUCGAUUCAGAAAUGCGAUGUCGACGUUCGCAAGGACCUGUACGGUAAUAUCGUCAUGUCUGGCGGCACUACUCUCUAUCCAGGCAUUGCAGACCGGCUGCAUAAAGAGCUUGUAAACCUAUCUCCUUCGUCGAUGAAAAUCAAGACCAUUGCUCCACCAGAACGGAAGUACUCGGUUUGGAUCGGUGGCUCGAUUCUUGCCUCGCUCUCUACAUUCCAGCAAAUGUGGAUCUCGAAACAGGAGUAUGAUGAGAGUGGCCCCUCUAUCGUGCAUCGGAAGUGUUUCUAG